UAAUUUAAGAUCCGUGAGGGUGGCUCGUACAUCCUCAUUUCAAUUAUCUACGUACCACUCACAAAUUAUCCAACUGCAUCUACACAUCUUGGCCAUUGCAGCGCGGACCUCACCACCUCCGGCAACGCCACCAAUUCUGCCCACGAACCUCCCUCCACUCCCGCACCAUGAACAACCAGCAGUUUCGCCGCCUGGUGCUCGACACACCAGCCCGAGCCCAAAAUGGCGCCAGCAGCCCACCAAACAGAGCUGGAGCGACGCCCGGCGCAGCGCUGGGCUCGCGGGCCCGCUCCAGCAUUCCCAUGACACCACGCUCCGUCCGAGGCUCCGUCAACAACGAAUUCGCGCGCCAGCUCGCCGAGCGAAACUCAGGCGGCAAGACCCAGAAGAAGUUCCGCUCCUCGGCCGCGCCCAAGGGCUACAAGCUGGCGGCGGGCUAUCGAGACCGUACCAAAGACCGCGUAGAUGACGAAGACGAUGAUAGGGCGAAACGAAUCAAGGCGCUGGACGAGCAGCUGAAGGAGGGGGUGAUUGACCGGCCUACUUACGAGCACAUGGUUGGGGAAAUUACUGGUGGAGAUAUCAGCGCCACACAUUUGGUUAAGGGAUUGGAUCAUAAAUUACUGGAGAGGGUCAUGAGGGGCGAAGAUGUGCUUAGCGGAGCGCCGCCGGCGAAGGCUGAGCCGGAACCUGACGUGGAUGAUGAGUUUGAGCAGCUGGAAGAGAAGGAGGUGGCGCCGCUCGUGAGGGAGAAGGCGGAGAGGCUGCCAGACGAGAUGCCGCCACCGCCGCUGCCAGUUGCUGGCGUCAAGAGGUCUCGUGACGCUAUUCUGGCUGAGCUUAAGGCUCAGAGGAAGGCUGCUGCGGAGGCGGCAGCGGCUGAAUAUGAGAAGAAGUAUCCAACAUUGGACACGGGAUUCCAGAGGGUGUCAGAGAACAUGGAUAAAACUAGGGUUGAGAUCGAUAAGAAGGGCAGGGAGGUUCUUAUAAUCACAGAUGAGCAUGGCAAGGAGAAGCGAAUGGUUCGUAAGGCAAAAGUGGCAGAGAAUGGAGAUGAAUCGGUGCCUAGCAAACCUAUGCGAACGCUGGAUCACGGUAUAAAAGUCCCAGAGAAACCGGCUGCGCCACCUGAGCCCGAAGAAGACUCGGAUGAGGACAUCUUCGAGGGUGUUGGCGCCGAUUACAACCCCCUGGCAGGACUGGACGAGGAGGACGAUUCCUCGUCAGACGAAGAAGGCGAAGCGCAACCUUCGAAGAAAGCGAAAGCUUCUUCAGCAUCUACUGAGCCGGAAGGAGUACCGGAAAUCCAGCCGGAGUCAUCAGCUUCUCUACCAUCGAACCCUUCAGCUCCAUCACUAGAUACUGCGGCAACGCCUCCACCUCCACCACGUCCUGCUCCUCGCCGCGACUACUUCGCCAGCUCUUCCACCGCAAAAGCACCAGAGCUUACAUCCGAAAAACCUGCAAUCGACCCUGCGAUCCUAGCAGCCCUUAAUAAGGUUCAAACCAUGGACCCCGAAUCCGCACUCAUCAACACAGAAGAAGAUAUGCGCCUUAAGAAGCGAGCUGCUAUGCUCGGCGGCGCUGAUCGAGAUCUGGAGGAUAUAGACAUGGGCUUCGGCUCCAGCCGAUUUGACGAUGCAGAAGAGUUGGAGGCCGACAAGCGAAUCAAAUUGUUCGAAUGGAAAGGUGCUGAAGCUGGUGAUGACGAGGAUGGCGACGGAAAGAAGGGUGAUAAGAAGAGGAAGCGCGGUCCCAAGAAGAGAAAGGGGGACAAGAAUAGUGCGACUGAUGUGCUUAAUGUUAUGAAGAUACAGAAGGAGAGCAAGACCAAGGCGCUGGGCUGAUCAGAGGGGGUUUGAAUGAUUGCGCGGAUAUCACAUACGCUACAGCGCGUUUUGGAAUGGGGAUGCAGGUGGGUUACUCUGGAAAUAGGGCUUUGCCGCAUUCAAAUCCUGGCCGUCGAGGGGAACAAGGUCUCAUAAAGGAGUA